AGUUUUGAACUGCAAUACUUGGCGAAGAUAUCUUUAUUUAAUUUCUAAUCCAUUGUUUAGAAAUAAGCGUAAUUUAGAUUAAAAUUAAGAUGCCUGACGACAUGGACUUUAUGUUUAAGCCAAUAGUGCUCGUAACGGGUUUCGGGCCGUUUGUAAAUCAUCCAGUUAACGCGAGUUGGGAGGGUGUGAAGCUGAUAAACAAAGAUGAAAUAGAGAAGAAACAUAAUGUAGAGCUCGUUCUCCUGGAGAUCCCUGUGACUUAUGAAAAUGUCGAUGAAUUUGUGCCAGCCUUGUGGGAAACGCACACACCAAAGCUGAUGAUACAUGUUGGAGUCUCAUGUAUUGCAGAAUGCUUCACCUUGGAGAUGCAAGCUCACAGAAAAGGCUACCAGCGAAUGGACUACUUUGAGAAAUGUCCGGCAAACCAUACAUGUCCCGCAGAGGGGGCUAUAAGGCUGCACACAAAACUAAAUGUGGAAAGAAUAUGCAAAGAGUUCAAUGAUGGCAACUCACAUGAAGAUAACACAAAGGCAGUGGCCUCAAAAGAUGCUGGAAGGUACUUAUGCGAGUACAUCUACUACACAUCUCUCAGCGUGGACAACACACGCACUCUCUUCGUGCACGUGCCGGAUUCUCACGUGUACUCCGCCGAGCAGACGGCGCGCGGCCUGGAGAGGAUCCUGCACCUGUGCUUGGACCAGCUCAAUGAUGACCAGCUCGCGGGAAAGAUGAAUGAUGCCAACUUGGACGAUAAAGCGUAGUGUGCGAGGGACUUUACUUUAGACUGAGACUCACUGUCAACUAUUGUACAACUAACUGCCUUGGUCGUAAAAUUUUGAAGACAUUUUAGAAUGGUAAAAACGAUCAUAUUGCAAUAGGACAUUAAUGCAGACAGUAUUAUUAACUAUAGCUACCUGACACCGCGAACUUCGUACCGCCUAACAGUCAUUUAAUGUCGUGUUGUUUUUAUAAUAUUAUUAUAAGAAGAGUGUAUUUGAUACAGUCCAGUCGAAAUAAGCAUUCCCAGGUUUAGUUUUAUGUUUCCAAAUGCUACCUCACUGCUCAUAAAGUAGCGAAAUAAAUUGGGAAUAGCCUCGAAUUAUAAAUGACCUCCAGUCUAACGUGUAACGCACAAUCUACUUAUUUUUCCAUAAUAUUAAGUUUCACUCUCCCAAGUUUAGAUUAUGAUUUGUC